CAAUCAGGCCCAGCCCAUUCCAUACCCAUCGUUUCAUUUCAAUCCUGCUAUAUAUACUGCUACUACCUUUUCGCCGCACAAAUUCUCCGAAUUGAAAUUAGGGUUUCGCCUCUGCUGUAAGAUCUGAUUCUAAUCCAAAAUGAGUAAGCUUCAGAGCGAAGCAGUCAGAGAAGCCAUCUCAGGAAUCAUGACCGAUUCGAAGGAUAAGAAUCGUAAGUUUGUGGAGACUAUUGAACUUCAAAUUGGUUUGAAGAACUAUGACCCACAAAAAGACAAGCGUUUUAGUGGCUCUGUUAAGUUGCCCCAUAUCCCUCGUCCUAAGAUGAAGAUUUGUAUGCUUGGAGAUGCCCAGCAUGUUGAGGAGGCUGAGAAGAUUGGAUUGGAAUCCAUGGAUGUAGAAGCCUUGAAGAAGCUCAACAAAAACAAGAAGUUGGUGAAGAAACUCGCCAAAAAAUAUCAGGCUUUCUUAGCUUCUGAGGCUGUCAUUAAGCAGAUUCCUCGGCUUUUGGGUCCUGGACUCAAUAAGGCAGGAAAGUUCCCAACUCUUGUUUCUCACCAGGAAUCUCUUGAAGGAAAGGUUAAUGAGACCAAGGCUAUGGUCAAGUUCCAGCUUAAGAAGGUGCUCUGCAUGGGAGUAGCUGUUGGUAAUGUUAGCAUGGACGAAAAACAAAUCUUUCAAAAUGUUCAACUCAGUGUUAAUUUCCUUGUCUCCCUAUUGAAAAAGAAUUGGCAGAAUGUUCGGUGUUUGUACCUAAAGAGUUCCAUGGGGAAAUCAUACCGUGUCUUUUAGAGGAUUUACUCUUCUAUUUCUCAAUAUUCAUUCAGUGGCUUGUCAUCUACAUCAAUACAUUAAUUGUGCUAAUAGCGAGCUGGAUAGAAAAUUUCGUUUUGUUACAGUUUUGCUGGAUUAUUUAUGGUUAAUUUUUAUUUUUGUGUUCGAAUA